GUUCACGACUUUGCGUAUGAAAGGAUGUGUGAGAGCGUCACGGACGCGCGCGUACCUACGGAUACACCAAAAUCAAACAGCAACGAAUGUGAAAAAGGAAAAACAGUCAAAAACGGCUAAUAUUGUGAAAUUCAAGAACGCUGUACUUCAAUUGUAUAUACAAAAAAGAACAACAACAAAAGAGUAUUAGUAAACAAAAAUCUGCGUGAGCAAAGUGCGUGUAUUUAUGCCUCACAUCCAUACAUACAUAUGUACAUGUGAGAAAAGUGUUAAGGUAAACCAAAGAAGCAACGCGAAACAAUGAAUGCGUGUUAAACAGUGCUCGAAUGUGUAAAAAUACGCGCAAUUACGCCUAAAACUGUGCAAUAAUUUUCAAUCAAAAAACCUUUCGAUCCGAACAAAAAAAACAAAAAUUACACUAUUGUUUUUCAAAAUAAAAAAAAAACUAUUUUCGAUUGCUCCUAUAUAUUCACACAUUUAUCCAACAGACAAACGAGCCCCCAUUGAUUUAGCACAGCAUUGAGUGCGCGGACGGCGUGCAAGCAGAUAGUAAAUUGUAGUGGAAUGCACGAAACGAAAUACUACGCAGUAGAAAAUUUAUGCUUGGUUCAUAUCUACUCAAUAAAAGUCCGCAGCAGCACAAAUAAAAACACUUGGCCACCAAAACACACCAAACCAGAACCGUGAACGCAGGCGACAACAAGGACAACAACAACAACAGUGCAAAUCGAAACGCCAAAGGAGUCCGCAUAUUUAUCAAAGAGAUAAGUCCAUCCCUUGAAAGAUAUGUAAAAGAGUACGGUUCUCUUAUUUCGCACACAGCGCAGUUCUCUGACGCUGGCAAUAAUAAAUCUGCGUGAAGCAAACUCGUGUUAUUAUUGUUCUCAAUGAAACCAUUUAGUGCAUAGAUAAUGGACGAUGAAUCAAAAUAAAGCAGCCAGAAAUAACCGCAGACAAAACAACAAUUUUACCCAAAUUAGAGUAAAUGCAUGUGUGUGUGUUUAACCUGGCAAAUCCAAGUAAAGUGCAAAAAGUGCAAGCAACGAAGAAAGAACUUCAAAUUGGUUGAAGAAAUACAAUACAUAGUAAAAGAAUAAAACCGAUACAUAUAACAAAGGUCAACGCCAGGUCAGAGUGUGAACGCCUUGUCCUGAUUUCUAUUCCACUGUAUUUAUGCUCAAAUAUUCACUCAAGUCCGUGGCAUACUCCGCGAAAGGAAGUGCCUUCCUUUAGUUGUAGUAAAUAGAGAAUACGUGAGUGAGGCAGGCACUGAAGGCGUCGCCGGGCAAGUAGUUGGAGACGCGGGCCGCGACAGAGCCCCCAACGGCAACUGAGGCCGUAGUGAGCCAAGAGUUAAGAAAUCAAGUGAGUGGUACGCUCACGAGCGGAAGCGCAACUUCACUGGCCGGAAGUAUACACGAAAAUUGCACGAAAUUGGAACACGGAAGUUGCCAGUUGUAUCGGCGUGGUUCAAGUGGAAGGAGCAAACGAACGACAUUGCGGACAAUACUAUAUGCAAGAUAUUAAAAUACAUUCACUCCGGUUAUUCUUUUAAUUUUUACUUCGCAUGCGGAUUGUGAAUUUUCCGUAACGAAAAAAUGAGUGAACUGUGAAUUUCCUUAAAUAAAAACAUCGAAUAAGUGUGCGUGUGUUUAGAUCGCUUCAAAUUACGCUUAACAAGCUAGUGUAAAAUAGCACAAGUAGAAAAUUACUACAUACAAAUGUAAAUCAAUGUGAAGUACCCAAAACAAAAAGGUUUUUUGUAUAUGUAUGUAUUACGUGUAUAGGCAAAAGUGCGCAAAAGAAUCGCGUUUUUCAAGCGACAAAAAUUAAUCUACAUACAUAAUCAUAACGAAAGUGUCAGCUUUGUAUUUAUGAGUGGCGUUGUAUUGAGUUAGUUAGUCUAAAUGAAUUUCCAAUCACAAUGAGAUAAGAAAUUUCUACGAAAUGCUUUGCUAAACAAACAACAUAAAACAACAAAACGUAGAAGAAGAAGUGUGUGUUAAAAUAAAGUGCAAAGUACAAUGUGUUGAUUGCAUGAAAUUGCAACGGAUGCUUACAGCUUAUCCAGAAGGAUCAAUAUUUCUGCCAAACAACUUUAAAGAAGCCCGUUUUCAUUGUCAAAUGUACCGAUCGUGCAUAGAAUUAAAGGCUUCAAAAGCUUCAAAGUGAAAAAGUGUUAUAAUUCAAAGUUAUGUUGAAAAAAUCAAAAUACAAGUACUCAAGAAGAGAAAACAAAAGUUAAGAAGAGUUCAAAAUUAAAACAAAAAAGAAGCAAAAAUUUGAAAAUACAUAAAUCAGUGAUUUCGUAGUGCUUUGUGAGUAUUUAUCCAAGAAAAAAGUCGAAUAGCUCUGAAGUGUGUUACAAAUCGAAAUAAAAAUUGUUCCUAAUAGAAAAUUGUUCAACGAUAGCAACAUAAUCUAAAGACAACUCCGAACAGGAGACAGGAUAUGGGCUAACAAUACUGCGUAAAAAGUUGGCUUCAAUGCUUGUUCAAAAAAUUCCGAACUCCAUCCGAAAAAUCGAAGCGAUGAAUACGAUGAUGCCAUUGAGCGGCACUUGACAAAACGCGAAACUCUAAAACCAAACCAACUCAGCACUUAUUUUCAAACGAAAAACAUACUAUUUUGGAGCUCACAAAGUUUUCUAGACGCCAUCAAAGCACUGAAUUAAAAAGAAAGUGAAAGUAAUAAUAGAUUGAACUCCCUUGGAAUCUAACGAACCGCAAAGGGGAAAUCUGAGUCAAUGUCAAAAUCGAGAAGCAAUUAAUUAGAAUGGACGUUAAUUGUGAGCGAUUAAUUUUGAGUGCGGACAACGGCCACAGCAAAAGCCACAGCAACGGUCGCGUCGAUAUGCCGAGGCUACGGCAUGACAACAAUGUAGUGCGGGCCGAGCGCGGUCGACGUUGGUCAGCGGCGGCAGCAGCGGCGCAGCGAACACAAAACUCUACAGAUACGGGAGGGGGAGUGCAGAAGUUGGGUUCUGCAAGCGAAAUGGCGUUGGCAAUGGAGAUCGAGACCAACAGUUCGAGCGUUUGUAUCAUCUGCCGUCAACGAGUGGAGGAGUGCUGCUCACGUUGUUGUAGAAAUUACUCACCCCCAGCAAUUGCUGAAUCCAACGACAACACCAUGCGACACCAGCAGCAAAUCUUCCAGGAUAACGCUCGCGCAUGGCACAACAAAAGCGUCGACGGUUGUAGCCAUCACUCAAUACCUGCGCUGCCUGCAACAACACUAACAACAAAGCUAGUUAACGGCGAUGAGAGUACACCAAAACCGCUGGAACGACAAGCAGUGCAACAAAACGAGCAACCCCAGGACACGCCGGUGUCGGUGUUUCAGUGUUGCCACUGCCGACGGCAACAGCGACGAACUCACGCCAACGAUGUGUCACCUGCUCAUGUAACUGCGGUAACUACACCAAUCAGAUCAGCAACGAAAUCGCCACCAUGUUCAACACCUUUUCAUAAGCCGUCAAUACAAAAUACAACAACAACAAAUAUAGAAUUGACAACCACUAACGCAGCGGCGUACACCUCAUCAUCAUCAUCAUCACUGGCAUCAUCAUUAGUUCUAACCACCUGUACAAAUUGCAUCGAGCAACAUCAAAGCCCGGUUGCUGCAACAGCAGCAACAACAGGUAUAAAUUCACCAGCGCUCUUCGGGAAAGCAUUGUGCACAUUUCAGUUUUUAGUGUUGUGCAUUCAAGUACAACUGGUGCAGCCUGUUUAUGAAAAAAUCCAUAGUUUUCUUUACAAAAACAAUAGUAACAAUAGUAAUAGCAAUAGUAGAAACAACAACAACAAUAAUAACAAACAAUAUACAACAAAUAGUAAUAUUAGCAAUAGAAAUAGCAAAAAUGUUAAUAAUACGAAUACGAAUACGAAAUACAAUAAAAGACAUGCAAAUAAGAAGCCACAACUGCAAAUGCUCGUAUGGCAAGAGCAGCCGCAACAACAACAACGUCCUCCAUUCUUAAGACUGAUGCAACAAAUUCGCUGUAAUUCCUACUACAAUAAUAAUAAAAAUCAUAUUCGAAUGAAUAUAGUCAAUAGUAACGAUAAUUAUGCAAAUAUAUAUAAUACAUCACAAAAUGAGCAACAACAAUACGCCAAUGCUAACGCCAACCAGAAUAGCUGUAAUUGUAGAUAUUUAAGUAACGAUAUAUGCUCGCAACCACAACAUCACAUUAACUACCGUACAGUACAACAAAAACCACAGAUAUUACAACAACAUGUACAUCACCAUAAUCUAUCUAUAAUACCAUCGUCAACGUCAACGUCAACGUCAGCGCCAACGCCAACGCCAACGCCAACAACAUCCACAUCAACAUCACACCUACAAAACAAUUUGCAGCAGCACAGUCACACCACAAAUCAAUCGAGACCGCAUCACUACAAACGCAACUACAACAAGACCGCAUCACUACAACUGCAACUGCAACUGCAACUGCAACAUUUGCGUCACUUCAAAAUGCCAAAUCUAACAUUUUUGUAUAAGUUACUACUUAUUCUAUCGUUCCUAUCACUGUCUCUGCCAUCGAUAAAUGCGCAGACAGCAAACGCUAUUGCGACAUCAUCGGCAUCCUCGGCAUCUUCGGCGCUUAACCGCAAUACCAUCCGCACAUCACCGGUGGCUUUGGGUCGCAACGAGACUGUAUGCCGCUCCUUAGAUAUACGCAACUCACCCAGCGAAUUGAGCCAGUUGCGCAACUGCACGGUCAUAGAAGGUUUCCUACUCAUCACACUCAUGAACCAACACAACACGCAGGAGUUCACACAGACCUUUCCAUUGCUAACUGAAGUCACGGAAUUCAUCAUCAUUUAUCGCGUUCACAAUCUACGAUCGCUAUCACAAAUAUUCCCGAAUUUGAGUAUCAUACGCGGUACAACACUGUUUGAAGGUUAUGCCCUCAUUGUCUACUACAAUCCUCAUUUGGAAGAUUUGGGCCUGUCGAAACUGACGACCAUAUCGCGUGGUGGUGUACGCCUUGAGAACAAUAUCGUACUUUGUUAUGUGGAGACAAUAGCCUGGAGGCGGAUUGUAAAUAGUGGCGCCGAAAUAGCAAUCGAGAAUAACAGCAAACUGAUUGAGUGUCCCAAAUGCCCGGGAGAUACAAAGGCUGGCAAAGAAGACGGUGGCGAUACUGAAUUGGUCUGCAAGGAAUUUGAUGGACAAAGGCGUUGUUGGAACAAUAAGAUGUGCCAAAAGAUUUGCCCCGACAGCUGCAAAAACAAUUGCAUUGAUGAGCACACUUGCUGCAAUGAUAAUUGCCUUGGAGGAUGUUCACCCAAAAACUUUGACGAAUGCAUCAGCUGUCGCGAUUUCUCCAUCUAUAACAACACCUGCAUCGAUAAAUGUCCCCCUAAUUACUUCAGCUACUUGGAUCGUCGCUGCCUCACAGCUGAGGAGUGUAUUGCAAUUGGUACCAAAUUCGAAAACAACAAACCACAGAUCAUUGUGCCUUAUGACGGCAAAUGCUCCACCAGAUGCCCGAAUGGAUACAACAAAAUCGGCUCGACCUGCCAAGCGUGCGGCGACAACUGUGUGAACAAAUGCGAUGGUGCUCACAUCGACAGUGUGGAGCGUGCGAAGGAUUUCACUGGUUGCACGCAUAUUGUUAAAAACGGGCUAACCAUAAGCAUUAAGCGUGGCGGAAAACACUUAAUGGAAGAGUUGGAAUCGGGUCUGUCGUCCAUUCAAGAAAUCAGCACCUUUCUAAAAGUACAAGGUACAUACGGUUUGACAUCAUUGUCGUUUUUCAAACAUCUAAAGCGGAUUAACGGUACUGAGCUCAGUGAAAACAAAUUUGCAAUAUACGCACUUGAGAAUAAUGAUCUCGAAUCAGUUUGGGGCGAAAACCGUACCGUACAUAUUGAAAGGGGUCGUGUAUUCUUCCAUUUCAAUCCAAAGCUUUGUUACAAUGAGAUCGAGAAGCUGCUUCCGAUGAUGAAAGAAAAUGCAACGUUCGAUAAAAAUGAAGUGGCCACGGAUUCCAACGGUCAUAAGGGGUCAUGUAACACAGAAUUAUUGAAUGUUACGGUGUCCAGGAUAGGGAGUCGCGUUGCGGUUGUGGAAAUCAUAAAUCCAUUGGUUUUUGAUGAUAAUCGGACAUUCAUUGGUUAUCAAUACUUUUUAAUGGAGGAUAAGUACAAAAAUGCCACCAAAUAUUCACAGCGCAUCUGUGACGACGGCUGGAUCGUUGGUGACCCAACCAAAGACGAAAAAUAUAUCUUCGUAAAUCUGCAACCAUACACACAGUAUGCAUUCUAUGUCAAAACUUGGACCAUAUCAUCGGAGAAACGUAACGCACAGAGUAAUAUACAUCAUUUUAAAACGAAAUCGGCACAACCUAAAUUCGUACAAAGCUUAAACGCGUACGCAAUAUCGAGCUCAGAAAUCGCAAUUACAUGGACGCCACCCGCGAAUCCGCAAGGUAAUCUUACAGUAUAUCGUGUGCAUGCAACUCUCGACAAACGGAGUCAAGUUCUGGAUUCACGUAACUACUGCAAGGAUCCCGCCCAAAUCGACAAAGACGAUGAUGCAAAGGAUCCUACACGUGAUAGUGCUGGUGGAGUGACUGAACCACCAAACGCUGCCAAUUGCAAAUGCGAUGGUGAGAAAUCGCCAAAUCACAGUGACAUCGAUACCAGCGAGGCAACAAUUGUUGCUGGCAUUGACUUCGAGAAUACGUUGCAGAAUUUUAUUUACGUAAAGCAUACAAACGAUACCAAAAAGCCGAAAGCUAAAAGUGAUGAUCAAAACAAGGCAUCUCCCACUGAUAUGGAUGCUAAACGACGUCGCCGACGAAGUGAAGGUAAUCCUGAGGAUAGUUUUCUUGUACGGCACAUGCGUGCUGUGCCUGAUAACCUCGAAAAUAUUAUACUGAAGACAACGUCUGAAGACGGUAGUACGGAGGAUGCGACCAUUAUAACCACAGUAGCACCAAUCGAAAGAACCACGCUUGGCAAUAAAAAUGCAUCGAACAAUAGCGACAUUCAUAUGGAUUCGACUGGACAAUUCUAUGAGAGCUUCGUACGCAAUGUAUCGGUCACCACCAAUAAAUAUGUAUUCCAGAACCUCAAACAUUUCUCCUUCUAUACGAUCGGUGUCGAGGCAUGUCGAGAACCCGAAGAUGGCGCCACAGAAAAAGAGUGUAGUGAUAUACGCAUGAGGUUUGUGCGUACUAAAAAAAUGGAGGGCGUGGAUAAAGUAGAUAAUUUGCGUGUUGCCUUGGUACAAACAAACACAACGCGAAGUGAGGUUCGCAUAAAUUGGGACCCACCUGCGAAUCCUAAUGGUGAUGUGGUCUCAUACACGAUUUCCUAUAAGAAAUCCGAGCAGGAUGCUGUGGAAGAGAAGCGUUGUAUCACUGAAGUAAAUUAUCGCAAUUUGACAAAUGGCUACAGGAUGCAGUUGCCGACCGGCAAUUACAGUAUUAGAGUGCGCGCAAAUUCAUUGGCUGGCGAUGGUGUUUAUUCAGAAUUUGUCUAUAUUGACAUUCCGCCUGAGAAAUGGUCUGGAGCCUUGAUUGCCGGCAUUUGUGUUGCAGUGUUUGGUAUUAUCUUGUUGAUGGGUGGUGUAUAUUGGUACGUUCGACGAAAAUACGCGCCUCCAAACGAUAUCAAAAUCAUUCCCACCGUCAACCCCUACUACAUUAGUCUGCAAUAUGUACAAGACGGCUGGGAAGUAGAACGAGAUCGGGUUAUACAAUUAAGUCCACUAGGUCAAGGCUCCUUCGGUAUGGUAUAUGAGGGUAUACUUAAAGGUUUAAGCGGCACUGAGGAUACUCCUUGUGCCAUUAAGACAGUCAAUGAAAAUGCCACUGACCGUGAACGAAUUAAUUUCUUAAGCGAAGCCAGUGUUAUGAAGCAAUUCGAUACAUAUCACGUGGUGCGGCUACUCGGCGUUUGCUCAGUCGGCCAACCAGCAUUAGUCGUAAUGGAGUUGAUGAAGUUCGGUGAUUUAAAAUCAUACUUACGUGCACACCGUCCCGAUAGCGUGCAAGGUGAUGAAAUGCCAUUCAGAUACCGCGAAACGGGUGUACAGCCCCCACCUUUAAGUCGUGUCUUCCAGAUGGCUAUAGAAAUUGCCGAUGGUAUGGCUUACCUAUCAGCCAAAAAGUUUGUGCAUCGCGAUUUAGCAGCUCGUAACUGUAUGGUUGGUUCCGAUUUAACAGUAAAAAUUGGUGAUUUCGGCAUGACCCGUGAUGUCUAUGAAACUGAUUACUAUCGUAAGGGAGACAAGGGUUUGUUACCAGUCCGUUGGAUGCCUCCAGAAAGUUUACGUGAUGGAAUCUAUUCCACUGCCAGUGAUGUGUUCAGUUAUGGUGUAGUGCUUUGGGAAAUUGUCACACUCGCUUCACAGCCAUAUCCCGGUUAUUCUAAUGAUCAAGUAUUGCGCUUCGUAAUCGAAGGUGGUGUUAUGGAACGCCCUGAUAACUGUCCGGACAAAAUUUAUGAAAUUAUGCAGCAAUCUUGGGAACAUCGCCCCUCAAAACGGCCAUCGUUUUUCAAAAUUAUACGCAUUCUCUUGGAUCAUGUGCAUACAGAUUCCGAAGGAUAUCUUUCGCGUUUUCGUGAAGUGUCUUACUACUUCUCGAAUGAGGGUACGCAAGAACGUGAAAAAGAGCGAGCCGAGAGCAUGCAUCCCUCGGGUGAUAUAUUCAGUGAGGAGAACGAAAUGGAUGAUGCUACCACUCCCUUGCGGACUGACGAAUUCAAUGAAUACAAACUCAAUUUGGCUAACACUUCCUCAGUAGAACAUGAAGGCGAAAGUCCAAUGGCCAUAGAUGAUGACCAUCCACACUCUCCAUAUAGCCACAGCCUUGUCUCAGCCAACAUUAUCAGCAGCACGCCCGAUGGUCAGUCCAAAAAUAGCUACAAUUUCUCGCAAAUGUCGCACAACAAUCAAACUCUGCUUAGUUCGGUGCCAUCGACAUCGGCAGGUAUUGUCAGUGGAGGUUCUCACUCGCAUUCUCAUCAGCUACAUCAACCCGGUUCACAACUGCGUCAACCGCGAUACAGCCAGUUUCCAACUGAAGAGACUGCAGCCAAUUACGUACUUCCAGAUUAUGAUCCUCGUGCAGCAUUUGAUACCAGAGAUGAUAGACAAAAUGCCUUGACUAGUGCUAGGAUUGAAACAGACGAACGCGGAUAUGAAAUGUACGAUCCAAGUCCGAAUUACCGAGAGCAUGGACCAUACGACGCAGCUGUAGACGACGAUGACUUUGAUGGUAUACCCGCCACUGGUCACAGCUCCAGAAUCGGUAGCGGCGGCCAACAACUAUUGCCACGACACAAACCACGACAUCGUAUGCCCACCAUAAUGCCAAUGUCCAGUUCAAUGCCAGAUGAAAUGACAGGUACACCUAUUGCUUCGUCUUUGCAUCCAUCUACUGCAUCAGCUGCUUCGUCAAAUGCCUCAUCAACCAACACGACAACUGGGCGCUACUCGGGUUUAAAAGCCGUGGCCGACAAAAUGCGGUUUAAAAAUAUUAACCGUCGCAUAUUCAAUCAUAAGCGCACUGGUAGUAAUGCCAGCCAUAGAAGCACGAGUUCGAAUCCGAAUACCACAACUUCUUCGAGUAGCACUUCUAACAUAGCAACAGGAGUAAGCAUUGGUCACGAAAAGAGUAUAAGCGGUCAUAAUUUGGGUACAAUUGAGAGUGGAGGUAGUGGUAGUGCUAGCAGUUAUGUAACACCACGUUUUUUUACUCCAUCAUCGGAUAUAAAUGCCACCGAUAAUCCUAAUUACCGUUUACUAGAUGAAACUGCAAAUACUUCGUGUCUUUCAGGCGCAGAUGACGUCUGUGAUUCCAAAGCAAGUGGAAAUAGAAAUUACAAACGCCUCGACGAAUCUUUAAACUCCACAUUAACACCUGGUAAUCCUGGCAGUAUCAACACCACAUCCUCUCGACCGCUUGUACAAUCUAUUGAUAACUCCCCUUAUACUCUAAUGGGUAUAGCGGGGUCAGAGUCUACACUACGAACCACAGAUAAUCCUAACUAUGUUGUAAUGAAUCAACCAACAGCGCUUACAAUACCACCCGCAAAGCUCCCUCAAACGACUACCACCAGUCCAAUUGCACUUGCACAAAGAAGUGAAGAUGCCGCAUAUACAAUAAUGGGACCUACGUCAUAUGAUCCAGGGAAUAAUAGAUCAUCGACAUCAUCCCUUGGCGAUGAUCUCAAACAUGCAGAUGAUGACGAUGAUGACGAUAAUGAUGAUGAUGAGCCAACUGAGCAUAUAAAAAUGGAACUCCUCGGUGGCCAUCGGCAUGGCAGUGAUAAAGCGCAACAACAUCGCAAAUCACGAGGAAAACGAAGUCGCAGCCAAAGUCAAAACAAACAACUGGACGAAAAACCGUCAUCAAAAAUUGACAACUCACCAGGAACAACUCCAACCAGUGGCUUCACUGCCACAGCUGAAGGUGGCAGCAGCUAUGUAAGUUUAACCCCCAUAGCAACAGCAAUGACUACAACACCUUCACCUGUGCAGUCCAAACCCUCUGCCACGUACUCACUCAAAGAGAAAUGGUUACGCCAGCAAUCCCAGCAGCCACAACAACCUCCUCCAAAUGGCUUCAUAGGACGCGAGGCGUAGUGUCAACAAGCGAAAGAAAAGCGAAGAAAGAGAAAGACAAGGAAGCGCACACUGCCAAUAUAAAGCAAAUGACGAAUCUUAACGAAGUAUAAUAUGUAUAACACAUAAGUGGUGAAUAUAUUUAGUCCAAAUUAUGUUCAAAAAAUUGUAUGUUCUACGCGGUAGAUAUAAGUAUAUAACUUGGUUGAUGCAUGUACAUACAUACAAUAUAGAUGGCGCUUGCUGAGUGCAACAUUUUUUCCUACUGAUAUUUUUAAGACAAAAAGUUAAUUUAAUUAAAUACCUAAAAUAUUAAAAUGUAAAAUUAUAUGUAUAUGUAUGUACGUAUGUGUGUAUAAACACAGAUAUAAAUAUAUAUUAUAUAUAUGUAUGUAUAUAUAUGUCAAACAUCAGUUAGUUAAUAUUCACCUGAUGUUCACAAACCAAAACUGUUGAGACGUUCACGCAGUCUACUGUCGGCAUGAGAAAUAUGCGCUUAACUGAACAUAGCAAACUGUAAAGGAAUAUUAUAUGAUUACCAAAUGUACAUUUACUAGAUAAAUGAAUGUGUAUAGCACACAUGAGCCUAAAUUAUUGACGAAACAACAACCAAACAAAGAAUUUUAUAAUGAAGAGACGUUAGGAUAUAAUUAUUUAGAGGAAAAGCUUACAAACAAAGUGAUUGGGAGAUUGGAUAGGGAAUGGAUUGGAAUUGUGCGAACUGAAAAAACGGGUUUAGCACAAAAAUUAAAUGGGUGAAUUAUUUAAAGUAUGAAAAAUAAGUGCACACCUCCACUGGCCGUCAAAAAUACCAUUUAUCUCAAUGUUCAUAUUGUUCGAUAAACUUUUUCCACAAAUAAGGGUUACAGAUUUUUAUGUGAUUCAUCUACAAUAAGUAAGCAUUCCUGAGAGCCAAAAUUGUAUAUUGUAAAAGCAUGUCUCGAGUUAUUUGAUCCAAAAUUAGUUUGAUUUACUGACAUCACAUUAUACAUUAUGAUUAUAUAUCGUAACAUGGGAGACGCGAGAUGAAUUAACGAUGUGUAACUGACAUCCGAAUGUUUGAAUUAUGAUUAAUACUUUGUUUGCGUAAUUGCAUCUCAGUUUCAUUUUGAAAUUGUUUACAUAUUAUUAUGAAUAUAAAAUUUCACUCUGUAGAAUACGUGUAAUAUUAAUGUAAUGUACUUAUGAUGCUUUUGGCUAAAAAUAACAAAAUUUAAAAAUCUAAAACAAAAAAAUAAAUUCAAUUAAAUUAAAUUAAAUUAUAUUAAAUAUAAUGUCAAAACUUAAGGAACAAUAAUCAAAAAAGAAGUAUAUUAUUAGAAAAUUGAAUAAAUCAUAUUAGGAAAAAUGCAUGCUAAUGCAAAUGAAUAAAUACGCAUAGAACUGGAAAGAUAGAUUCAAAGUGUCAGUAAAUAAUAACUAAGAAUUUUUUUUUUUAAAUGAUAUUCUAAUUGAGAUAAUUACAAAUGUAUGUGUUCAGCCAGAAAACAUUUAACACACGAAAGAAAUUUUUCUGCUCAGACUUAUCAAUUAUUUACAUAUGUAUGUAUGUACAUACAAAAAGUAUAAUAGCUUGAAUAUUUAUUUUAAGGCAAUAAGACAAAACCUUUGCAAUUUCAUUACUACUAAUUUACAAAAGUGAAAUAUCAGUUAUUAGAUCUACAAUUGUGGAGAGAACAACCGUGGUAAUACAAUAAUAUUUUUCAAUGCAGCUUGGAAACAAAGUAACAAAUCGCUACUAGACUUCAAUAAAUAUUACAUAACCAUAUUAACAACAUACAUAUAUACCGGUACAUAUGCAUGUAUCUCCUAUGUAUAUUGAACAAGCAAUACAUUGAAGAAACGCAAAGUCACAGUUAAAACUCUAAAAUGGAAUAAUUUUAAAAAUUCAGUUCCACACUAUUUCCAGUCAUUUUUCUAUAGAUAUUUUGACUUUAAUCGAAGAUUUAUGCACGAAUAACGAUACAGGAUUCACACACCCACGAAAUAAAAAAGAAUUAUUUAUAAUAAAAUAACACAAAGUACAAAUUAAAUGUAAGCGCGACACGAAAUAAUAGUAAUAAAUGAAGUAACAUAGGGAAAUAUGUAUGUAUGUAUAUUGAAAUAAUUACUCUUGGCAUAAUUAAUUGUAAUAGGAUUAAGAGUGAGAACAACAAAAAUUAAUUCACAUGUACGUGUAUAAGCAAAAGAAGACGUUAUAAUAAAAGAUGAACAAUAAUUUGUACAGCCGACUAUAAAUUGGAAAAACUCUACUGGAAAUAAGGAAAUUACAAAUUGUUUACAAACAAGUAACAAACAAGUAAAUAAGAUUGGUAAAACUACGAAAAUCAUCAUGAAAUUUUAUUCAAAACAAAUGGUGAUUGUGCAAAAGUUUUGAAUUUAUCUAUGUGCAACUUUUGAAAGUUAUAAUAAAUAUAUUUUUUAUUUAAACAAAAGUUUCGCUUUCGAUUUAAUAUAUUGUUCGACUACCACUAUUUACAGAAUCUGCUUAUUGUAAACCAGCCAUUUUCUUCCAUAACAAACUUGGCUGCAAGUAAAUUGCGAUUCCUAAAAAAUAUGCGAAAAAAUUAAUUGUUAAUUACGAAGAAGUUUUAACACGUUUUUCACUUGGUUUGUAUGUUAUUCGUAACUGAUCCGGCGGCCAUAAGAGAUGUUCAAAGACCUUUACUGAAAAUUACGCAGUUAUGAGUAUUUUCUUUGGAAUAGUUUCAAAGUUCAUUCAUUCAAACUGCUUAAAUUGUUUAUUCAGUGGGAUGCUGAAUUUGUUUUCGUUGCAUUGAAUAAACAGAAGCAUAGUUAAAAUGUGAAACUAAAACAUAAAUAUGUAUAUAUAAUAACUAAAAAGAAAAUUCAGAAACGCCGCAAUUUUUUCGAACAUAUUAUCGAUUUAUAACGAAACAGAAACUCCAUUAUUUUUUAUGCUAUUUCAACUAAUAGAAGAAGAAAGAUUAUAUAUAUAUUAUAUAUUUUAUGGCAAUAUUUCUCAAAAUAUUUUUAUUAUUACAUGUAGAUACGUGUUUACAGCAUACAUAAGCAUGUGAUUAAACUAUGCGCAUUGAUCUGAACCUCUCGUUAAAAACAAAGUUGGUACUACUUUCGAGGAAGGUCUGAACUUUCGCUCGUAUACGACGUAAAUUAUCUAGUCGGUAAUAGUUGAAAUACUUUUAUAUGUGUUGGAUCUUGAAUAAUUGUGCUGCAACCCAUAUUUUUUCCAAUUUCAAGUUUUAGUUGCUUCACAAACUCAGAUGCUGUUUGAAUAUGCAAGUAUUUCUUUAAAAUUAUUUUAUUUAAAUUUUAUUUAAAAUUGUACCUACAAAAUGAUUUUAUUCAUUCAAUUAACUUCAGCUUAGUGUGUCAUAUACACUGAAUGCAUGAAUAUGGUGUAAAGGGAUAAGCAAUAAACUCUAAUGUCCAGCAUUUAUGGGAAUCUAAAGCAUACACCUAUACGCCAAUAAGUUUACAGGAUCGCUGUUUUAUUCUAUUAAUUAUGUAUUGCUAAUUUAUAAAUGUAUUCGAAGCUAAGUAUUUUUAUACUUUGCAGGGUGCACAUCCGCUGAUGCAAAUUACAAGUAUUCCUUUGUCGCGAACUUACGAAAGAUAAAACUGAAAAGUAGAUUCUAUAACACGUUUACAUAUGUAUGUAUAUGUACAUAUGGAUAUAUUAAGAUAUAAAAUGGAGAAUACUAAAUAUGCACAAGUUGCACUUGCUAAAUGCACACAUACAUAAACAGAAGUAGCAUAUAGUUUAAGAUUGAAAUGCUAAAAUAAAUAGUUUAAAUUAAAUAAUAUUAUUUGCAUUGUAAUUUUUACAAAAUAGAAAAAGCUCUAACAACAAUAAUAGUAAAAAACGCAAAAAACGUUAAACAUAAACAAUAAAACAAUAGAUGUUGAAUAAGCACUGGAAAGACUGAAAUAUAUACAUAGUUCCUUUGUUUUUAUUGUAAAAUGAGAAUAUAAAUUAUUCCAGCUUUAUAAAGUGGUUACUACAUGAAAUAUGUAUAGUAAAAGCAAAGUGGAAUAUUAAUUUAAGAAAUCAUCCUCCACAAAUCAAACAACAAUUUUAUUAUACAAUAAAUAGACGAAAAUCAGCGAGACAGCCAUACAUAUUCGUAUGUAUGUUUUAUUAUGAAAACGUAAAAAACUGAACUGUGCAACCAUAAAUAUGUACAUACAUACGUAGGUAAUGCUAAACAUUUUUUUCGUAAAAACUCUGAGGCAUUUGUUAAAGUUUCAUUAUGUUUUUUAUUGUGUACAGAAUUCGGAAUAUUUUACAAGGGUUUUUAUUCAUUAAGCACUAAUAAUAUGUCAAGGAAAUCGUUAAAGCUUCAACUUUUAUAACAUUUGGCAAUUAGGUUAAAUAGAAAUUACAUAUGUAUAUAGUAUAGAUAUGCUACAUGUGUAUAUAAAAAUAUGUUGCUUGGAGAGAAAUGCUACAACUAAUGUGCUAAAGAAAUCCAAAAGUUAGUCUAAAUUUUGAUAAGUAUAGCAAAUUAGCUUCAGAUUUUUUACAUUUACUUUAUUACUAAUAAAAUGGAAUGAAUAACGUGCAUAUAAAACCCCCGCUUGGAAUAUACCGUCUUCUGAAGUAACUUAUUGUAAGGAAUAUGAAUGUAAACUAUGAAAAUGUAAUUAUAAACAAAUUAUACCUAAACGGAUAAAAUAAAGAAACGCAUAAUUACAAUAUAUCGUAAAAUAUUUCAUAAUAUAUGCAAUAUAGACAAAUACAUAUAUAAGUAAUUAUAUACAGUAAUUGAUGAACAAAAACAAAAGGCAGAUUCUAUUUAAAUAUAAUUCCAUACAAAUAGAAAAUCGUUAAGUGUUCUAUAGCAUUGAAUUACACCACAAUUAUGCUAGAUAACGAGUGUAAUGUUCCCAGCCCAAUAGUUUUUUUUCCGUCAAACGUUUUUUCAAACUUCGACUUUUUUGUGGUAUCACCCUUUUCCAACACUGUGACAGAACGGAUGACGGUAAUAGGAAAAACUUAUAACUGCUAAAUAUCAGUCGUAGUUAAACUUUCAUGUAGUUGAUUUAAAUAAAGUUAAACACAAAAUGGAAGGUGGAUAAAUAAAAUACAUUAAAUAGUUUUUAUAUAUGCUGUUGAAUUGCCUUAACUUCAAUCCCACUGAGUCAGGUGUUAAACUGUAAUAAGGGCAUCGUAAUAGGCAUUAUGGAGUAAGGGCCCGAUUUCACUCAUUUUUUGCCACAGAGGCGCAUUAUUGGAAGAAAAACGUUACUUCUGAAUUUAUAUAAAAUAUCUGAGAGUUUUUCUUAUAUUUUAGGUAAAAAUGUAUAUUAAAACAAGUAAGGAAGGGCUAAGUUCGGGUGUAACCGAACAUUUUAUACUCUCGCAAUUUAUUUAUUUAACUUUAUUUAUAUUAUAUAAUACACAAUUUCGUCAUAUAUAUUGUAUAAAGUCCAUUGAAAGUUGGAAACCAUAAUAUUAGGUUAUAAGCACCGAGGUCCUCGUGUUCGAUAUAUGGGGCCUUAAAAACCUAUGGUCCGAUUUCGGCGAUUUUUAGAAUGGGGCUGCCACACUAUUAACAUAGUAUUUGUGCAAAGUGCUGCACCGAUAUCUUCACUAGUACUUACUUUAUAUAUUGUAAAGUAAACGAUUCAGAUUGUCUUCAAAGUUCUGGUAUAUAGGAAGUAGGCGUGGUUGUGAAGCGAUUUGGUAGGCCAACACAACAUAUCAUUGAGGUGUAAGGAAACUAUUACAAACCAAGUUUCAUUGAAAUCGGUCAAGUAGUUCCUGAGAUAUGGUUUAUGACCCAUAAGUGGGCGACGCCACGCCCAUUUUCCAUUUUGUAAAAAAAUAUGAGUGCAGCUUUCAUCUGUCAUUUUUUAUGUGAAAUUUAGUGUUUCUGACGUUUUUCGUUAGUGAGUUAACCCCUUAGUGAGUUAACCUAACUUUUGUAUGGGAGGUGGGCGUGGUUAUGAUCCGAUUUCUUUCAUUUUUGGACUAUAUUAGGAAGUGGCUAAAAAAACGACUGCAGAAAGUUUGGUUUAUAUAGCUCUAUUAGUUUGCGAGAUAUGUAUAAAAAACUUAGUAGGGGGCGGGGCCACGCCCACUUCCCCAAAAAUAUUACAUCCAAAUAUUCAUAGGGCGAUCCUUCAUACCAAAUUUUAUUUCUAUAGCUUUAUUUAUGGCUUAGUUAUGGCACUUUAUGUGUUUUCGGUUUUCGCCAAUUUUGUGGGCGUUUGCUCAAUUUCGAAAGCAACUUUCCCAUGGUGCCAAGAUAUUUGUAAGUGUGCCAAGUUUCAUCAAGAUAUCUUAAUUUUUACUCAAGUUACAGCUUGCACAGACGGACGGACGGACGGACGGACAGACAGACAUUCGCAUUUGAACUCCACUCUUCACCCUGAUCACUUUGGUAUAUAUAACCCUAUAUCUAACUCGUUUAGUUUUGGGUGUUACAAAAAACCGUUAUGUGAACAAAACUAUAAUACUCUCUUUAGCAACAUUUGUUGCGAGAGUAUAAAAAAUUAGUAAGCACUGAGAGCCUCAUGUUCGAUACCUGGGGCCUUGAAACGGUGUAGUCCGAUUUCGACAAUUUUUAAAUGAGCGAUGCCACACCAAUGUACAAAUACUACAAUGUUUUACUUCGUUUUCAUUGUUUUUUGAUAUGUAUGUAUACCAAUCAGGUGGAAUUCAAAAUUGUGUUCUAUAGCAACUAGGUGUGGUUGUAAGCCGAUUUACCCAUUUUCCCAUCAUAAUAUCAGAGUUAUAAAGUUUUAUUUAUUCAAGUUAUCGCUUGCAGGGAGGGACAGACAUCUGGACUUCAACUCGUAUCGUCAUCCUGGUCAUUUUGAUAUAUAGUACAUAACAAUAAAUCUAACUCGUUUUGUUUUAGGAGUUACAAACAACCGCUAUGUGAACAAAACGAAGAUUGAACAUAUUUAAACUUCAAAACUAAAAAAGACUGUCACUUUAUAUACUAUACCAAGGGAUCAUAUAAAAAAACGGCCAGGCGUAAGGUAUAUACUGGUAUACUAGGGUGUUAAUUAGUUCUUUAAUAAAUUGAUUAUUAUUAUUAUUAACCCAAACGAUUACCCUCCUCCCGCCCAACCGACGCGUGGGGCGCAGUCCGCAUACGAGCGGAAUUUGCCGAGUCUAGAAAGGCAAGAGAUUUUUAAGCGUCCGGUUCUCAAACUGCUCAGCUACAGAAAGAAACAUUUCAACAGCUGAGAUUUAAAAAUUUAUAAAAACAAAAAGUUAAAAAUUUCUGAAUAUUAUUUAUUAAGAGAAGACAAAAUAGUUUUUUUGAUGCUAAAUAUUGAGUCAGAUGGAUCAAAUGUGCUGGAAUGCGAAUUAAAAUCAUGACAUAUUCGGCAGAAUGGUUCAUUUAACUCAAAAUUUGUUCUAGAAGAUUUUAGAAAUAAUGGUCUAAACUGCCUGGAUGAACGCAAUGGGACAUUAAACUUAAUAUCAGACAAAAGGAAUGAACUACAAACUAAGCCAUUCAGAAGUUUUACUAGAAAAAUUAUACCUAGCAUUUCUCUGCGACUAGUGAGUGUGGGAAGAUUUAUAAGUUUUAAACGACUAGUAUACGGGGGAAGAUUCAAUCUUGAAUCCCAAUGUAAGUGGCCUAAAGCAAAAAGUAAAAAUUGUUUUUGAACGGACUCAAGCUUAUCAGAAUGGGAUUGAUAGCUAGGAUUCCAUACCACAGAACCAUACUCCAAUAUAGGCCUUACCAAUGUUGUAAAAAGAAUUUUAGUAAUAUACGGAUCACUAAAUUCUUUAGACCAACGUUUAACAAAGCUAAGAGCACCUUUAGCUUUUAAGACAAUUGAAUUUACAUGAGAAUUAAAAUUUAGUUUAGGGUCCAUAUUAACUCCUAAAUCAACAAAGCUAAAAACUUGCUCUAAACUGAAGUUAUUUAUUACAUAGGGGGAAAGAUCAACAGUUUUACGGGAAAAGCACAUCGUUUUACAUUUUUUAAGAUUCAGUGGCAUAUCAUUUUUGUGACACCACGUAACUAAAUUAUUUAAAUCCGAUUGCAACUCAGUCCUUUCGUUAUGAGAAGUAUAUGAUUUAAAAAGUUUUACAUCAUCCGCAUAUAAUAAAAUUUCUGAAAACUUAAUUACUGAAGGUAUAUCAUUGAUGAACAACAAGAACAGAAUCGGGCCGAGAUGACUACCCUGUGGAACCCCUGAAGUGACACUAAUUGAAUCGGAUAAAGUAUUAUUAAAUAAAACUUGUUGUUUUCUGUUAGUAAGAUAUGAGGAUACCCAUUCAAGAAGUCUUGGUUGAAAACCAAGAAGAUUCAGUUUUUGCAAAAGAAUUGAGUGGUUUACUCUAUCGAAUGCUUUACUAAAGUCUGUAUAUAUAACAUCAGUAUUCUUAUUAUCCCUAAAACCCAUUGACACAUGGUUUACAAAUUCAAGCAAGUUAGUUACUGUAGAUUUCCCUUUACAAAAUCCAUGCUGAGAGAAUGAAAUUAAAGGAGAGAUUAAGAAAGUUAUUUGGUCAGUGACAAUAGCUUCAAAAAGUUUGGGUAUAGCUGACAUUUUAGCUAUCCCCCUAUAGUUCUCAACAGAUGAUCUAACUCCACUUUUAUGCAAAGGUAAUAUAAAAGAGUUUUUCCACAUUGACGGAAAAAUACCUUGUUUAAGAGAUAGGUUAAAAAGCUUAGUUAAGGGCAGAUAGAUAUAUUUUGCGCAAUUUUUAAGAAAGCUUGAGGGAAUCAUAUCAGGGCCAUAUUUAAACGAAUCUUUUAACGUAACUAAAUAAUUUAAGACAUCUGUUUCAGAAAUAAUUGGUGUAUUAAUUACAGUACUCGGACAUAACACUUGAUGAUAUGGCACAUUCAUAGGGUAGUUUGAACAAUAAUUGGAUUUGAAGAAUUCUGCAAACAUAUUAGAAAUAAUAUAAUUGUCACAUGACAUUGUUGAUUUAUAUUUCAUCGCGGACGGAAAAUUUGAAAUCCUGCGUUUGGAGUUAACGAAACCAUAAAACAAUUUCGGAUUACGAAUAAUAUUAUUUUUUACUUUGAUUAUGUAGUUUUUAUAACAUUUUUUGUUAAGUUCCUCAAACUGACGACGCAAUUUAGAAUAUUUUAAAUAGUCAACAAGAGCUCCAGUUCUUUUAUAAAGUUUAAAAGCACGAGCUUUUUUAUUUUUUAAUUUACAUAGCUCAUUCGAAUACCACAAAUUUGAACUUUUUCUUUUGAUAAUAAAACAUUUCGGAACAAAUCUUUCAAAAAUAUUAAAAAUUGUUUCAUUAAAAUGUGAUACAUUUAAUUCAAUAUUACCACUAUAAUCAGGCCAAGUCAAUUUAGAAAGUUCACAAUUAAUCUUUUUGAAGUUAGCUUUCGCAAAGUUGAACCGAGAACAAAGGUCCUGUUUGUUGCAUACAAGUAAUUCGUCUAUGAUUUCGAUAUUAAUUUCCAAGGCAGGGUGAUAUGAGUCCUCUGGCAAAACUAAAGGAUCAGAUCGGACCACAGAAACUGUUGAAGUAUUAUCAACAUAGACCAAAUCUAAGAAUUUACCAAACUUGUUCGGUAUUAAGUUAAUUUGGUUAAGACCCAUCCCAGACAUUUCUUCCAAAAACUCAUUAAAGCUUAAACGAGUGCAAAAAGGGGUAAUGCAAUCGUCAACAGAUUUCCAAGAUACACACGGUAAAUUGAAAUCGCCUAGAACAAUUAUGUAAUCAGUAUUCUUAGCAAUUGAAAAAACGUUAUUUAUUAAAGAAACAUGCUGCGUAUAUACAGAUAAGUCCGAUUGAGGCGGAUUAAAUUGAAUUAUAAUUGAAAAACCGAAACCGGAAGAACCGCGAUAUCGAAAAUACUUGAAAAUGUGUCUUUGGACAGUAUAUCGAUCAAAUGCUUAUUCCUCAAAAGGACUAAGUAUGCCACAGAGCUUUCAUGAGAAGCAGUAAAGAUUUACUUGUUAUGUUCUUAUUUCAACAGUUUAAUAAUUAGGCUGUUCCUCCUGUUUUCACUACUCAGUACACAAAAUUAGCUUUGCAUUAGUUUAACUCUAUGCAUAAGCUAUAUGUUCAGUAUAAUAAUAACGAAAUUUUAAAUAUAUAAUUUUUUAUUACUAUUUUUUACAUUUCAAAUAAACAACGUUUCGUCUCUUUUAAUAAAUACAUUAUAUUUUUGCGAUUAUUAUGAACUAGCGACUAUUUUCAAAAAUUUCGUAAUAUAACAGUGAACAUAUAUAAUAAUGAAUUUAUAAAUUAAUAAAGUAAAUUGUUAUUUAGUUUAUAUUUAAUAUUGCAACGUUCUAUAUAUAUACAUUACAUUUAAAUAAUCAGGACAACGACACGGUCUUUAACAUUAAUCAUUUUGGGUUGUAAACAGGCAAGCUAUGCGUUAGAAAUUGGCAUUCCAGCGCAAUCAAUACAGUAUUAAAAAUUGCUUUUUUAUUUAUGAAUAUUCCAUCUUUAAUUCAUGAGCAUAAAAUGAACGAUUGGGCCUUUAGUCUUAUAUGUAACAGCAUAAAUAUCUACACUGCUAUGAUGUACUCCGUUUAAGGCGAAUCGCAUAAUUUCCAAAUUUCACAUUUAUUUUAUAAACAAUUGAUCACUUUUAGAACAUGAUGUAUUUAUAGGAAUUUAUACAGGUUGUACCCGGUCCACUUUAACACACAAAAUCACAAAAUUAAUAAUUAAUACACAAUACACAAUACAUAAGGAAUAAAUAUUAGAAAUAUAUGACCACAUAGUUUCAUGUAAAAUGAAAAAUAAUAUAAUAACAAAUUAUGCUUUCGACCUACUUAUGUGCAACGUGGUAUGAACACGAAUGAGACAUUUAAAGUUAAAUGAAGAGUUUACAAAUCUAUAAUCUUCGCAACACUUUGUAUUGGCAGCCAAGGGUUAUUUAACUUUUACAUCACACUUUCUCUAUUGUGAUAAAUCUAUUUAAAUCAUUGCAGUUGACUACAAAUUCUUUAGAUAAACGCUUAUAUUUGCCUUUUUUAUAAUUUACCUUAAGUAUAUACACAUGGUUCUUUAGUUUAAUUAUUACUAACAUUUCUUUCUGCAUACGUGACUUUCACUUUUAACGAUUCUCAAAACACCAUACAAUUAUAUACUUCGCGAAUGCAUUUGCUUUGCUUUCAGUUUGGUAUUUCUAAUGCUGUAAAAGCUACUAUUAGCAGGUUGUUCAAAUCAAGUAAUGUAGUAACAAAAGUUAGUAAAAAUAAAAUUUAAAAUCUAAAAGGUUUGUUAGAAUUUAGAUGAAAUAAAAAGCACUGCAUCCACUUAAAGGUUCCCAAACAUAAGUACUUCAUCAUGCAUCACUAGGAU